AUGUUCCCUCUUUCUACGAGAGUCCGAGUCGCAGCGAGGGGUCGCCAUCUUUCGUUGCGACCAAGCUGCAAUGCAACACUCCGCAGCUCCAGAACAAGAUAUCAUUACUCAACGUCUCGUACCACGCAGGAUGAUGUUCUUCGCGUCGGAAAGUUUGUGCUGGGUUCUUUGCUCGCGAUUGGGACAAGCUUUAUGCAUCUGAGGUUGGGGAGCUUGCAAUCAUCCAAUGUAAGUGGUACAGGAGGGACAAUUGACGUGUUCGGGAGUUCCUCAUCCUCAACCCACACCUAUGGGUCUCCCGAAGACGUUCGGAAAGCAAUCGAGGAACUACGUGAUGCCCUCCCAGACAAGAGUCGCGUUCAGACAAGCCCAGAUUCCCUCCAAGUACAUGGCUCCUCCGAAAACUCAUACCACCCGAGUUGUCCUCACUCUGUUGUGGUCAUAGCACAUAGCACGGAGGACGUGGUGAAAGUUGUCAAUAUCUCUCGCAAGUACAGAGUUCCUAUCACUGCAUACAGCGGCGCCACGAGUUUAGAGGGUCAUUUCAGUGGUUUUCCUUCAGGUAGUAUAUGCCUUGACCUGUCUGCAAUGAAUCACAUUUUGGAAAUCAAUGAAGCUGAUGGUGAUCUGCGAUGUCAGUCUGGAGCAAAGUGGGAAGACAUAAACAAUACGCUGAAAGACAGGGGUAUUCCUCUGUUCUUCCCUCUUGACCCAGGGCCUGGAGCUACCAUCGGCGGGAUGAUUGGUACAGGAUGUUCAGGAACGAAUGCGGUCAGAUAUGGGACAGCUAAAGCGGAAUGGUUCCUCAAUGUUACGGUUGUCCUUCCAUCUGGGAAAGUGAUCAAGACACGCCGGCGGGCGCGCAAGUCUUCCGCUGGCUUCGAUACGACUAAACUCUUCAUUGGUGCGGAAGGAACGCUUGGAAUAGUCACAGAGGCUACUUUGAGAUUGGCUCCACGAGUACCUACCAAGGUUGCAAUGGCGCAGUUCCCGGACGUCGAAAAAGCGGUCAGCGCUGUUCAGCAGAUACUUAAUACUCCAUACGGCUCCCACAUACAAUGCGUGGAGCUCCUGGAUGAUCACAUGAUGGCGGCCAUCAACGCUGCUGGGGUUGUUGAUGAUCCGUACCCAGUACAGGACACUCUCUUCUUCAAGAUCCAAGGAUCCCCCGAAUCUAUUCGCGAUACCUCAAAUGUCGUCCAAGAGAUCGUACAACGUCAUGGCAGCACUCGAUUUGAAUUCGCGACGACAGAGGAGGAAGCAGGUGAGAUGUGGGAGAAUCGAAAAUAUGCUCUUUUCUCAACGUUGGCAGCGCACCCUGGUGCAAAGUGUUGGACGACAGAUGUAUGCGUACCGGUGUCUCGGCUCCCGCAGCUAGUAUAUGAAACUAAAGAAGAUCUUGCCAGAGCUGGUUUGAAAUCGACUAUCGUUGGGCACGUUGGUGACGGUAACUUCCACGCACUCAUUUUAUUCAAAGACAAAGAAGAACUGCAGAGUGUCAGCGCGGCAGUUCACAGAUUGGUCCACCGCGCUAUUCAGAUGGACGGAACAUGCACGGGCGAACACGGUGUUGGGGUAGGCAAAACAGAGUACCUUGCCGAGGAACUGGGCGAAGACACCGUGGAACUGAUGAAAAUUGUCAAGAAUGCCAUCGAUCCCCUGAACCUGUUCAAUCCCGGAAAGUUGUACCCGGAAGAUCCCAAGGAUAAAUUACAUAAAUAAAACGCUCCGUUCUUACAAUAGUAGAAAUGACUUCGAUGACCAGUGACAUGAAUACUUUUACAUAAGGCAACUCCGAAGACAACUUACAGCAUUUUUCUUGGCUUAUACGUACGUCGUCUAAUAUUCCAUAUUCACAACUUUGUGAGACAAGCACUGCCAAAGGGGCGUACUGUACAUACAGCCGAUCUAAUAGGCUUUACAUAUGCGUCGAUGUCGUCCUUUGAUUGCUCUGUCGCCUCCCGUGAUACAUUUGGGUUUGGCAGCCACCUGUCAGGGAAGGUUGACGUGAGAUAUCCACCAAGGACAUUAGCCUAUCAAAGUUGUCGCCUUCG